AUGAGCGAAUUUUUGCAUUAUAAAGGCAGAGAUAUUGAUCGAGUAUCGGCGUUCUUGAUGCGAUCAGCUGAAUCCCGUGGAGAAGACGCAGUUAAUGAAAAUCAAUCUGACAAGAAUAGAGAAACGGAUCAUAGUGAUAAAGAUACUUAUAACCAUAUCAUGAAUGCAAAAGAGGUUAUUGAUCCAGUAGCUAUUAGAAAAAAAAGUUUGACAGAUUUGGCGGUUGCCAAUCACCAUGUCGGUGCUCACCUCAAAUGUAUACGUCCAACCGAUGAUAUAUUCAACCCUGAAGAUCCAAAGAUACGCGAGGACAUUAUUCGUAUGAUCAUCCAAUAUUUAUCUGAUGAAGGGUACACUGCUGCAAGAACCAUCAUUUACGACGAAGCCAAUGUCAAAUGGCACGAAAGAGAAGAACGUGUCGUUGAAGCAAAGAGAUUAAAGAAAGCAAUAUUGGAUGGUGACUGGACAGAAGUGGAUAAGCUAUGUGCUAAACCUCUUCUCAAAAACCAUAAAAGUUUUUUGUACGCUGUAUACAAGCAACAGUAUCUUGAAUACAUUGAACAUCAAGAGAUGCAGAAGGCAUUUACGUUUUUAAAUAAACGACUGAAACCCCUUGAACAUCUACAGACUACCCCAAAUGAGUUUAAAGAUCUAUGCUAUUUGUUGACUGUCAAUGCAGUCCAUGAUGCUCCAUCAUUUAAGAAUUGGGAAGGUAUUGGGCCUGCAAGAGAGAAGUUGGUUGAACAAUUCCAAAACAUGCUCAAUUUUGAGAAUGCAGAUAAAGACGGAUCUAUCUACGUGCCUCCGAACCGACUUCUUACACUCCUCCGACAGGCUGUUGCAUAUCAAAUAGAGUUCUCUCGUUAUCAUCCGCGUGUUGCGCCAAGGGUUAACACACUUUUACAGGAUUAUACGAGUCUAAUAAUACCGAAUGCUGUUAGAGCUACACUGAUCGGACACAAGGGUAACGUCAAAUGUGUCGAGUUUGUUGGUGAAGCUGGUCGAGAGAUUGUCAGCGGAUCAAGUGAUAAUACAAUUAGAGUAUGGGAUACAGAGACGUCGAAGCAACUUGCAGUGUUUGAGGGUCACGAGUCUCGCAUAUGGGAUGUUUCGUCUAAUAAAAAUGGAACUAUAAUAUCUAGUGCUAGUGGAGAUAGUACUAUUAAGUUAUGGGAUAUGAAAGCCAUCAAGAACGCUUGCUUGAGUUCAAUUCCUGGACAUAGUGGUGAUGUCUAUUCAGUUAGAUUUCAUCCCGGCGACAAUCACAUCGUGAGCGGUGGCUAUGAUAAGAUCGUUCGCUUGUUUGAUAUCAACACUGGACAGUUGGUAAAGAUGUUCAACGGCCAUCAGUUAGCGGUGUCCAAGACAAUAUUUAAUCCACUUGGGAAUCUCAUCGUAAGCGGGUCUAAGGAUAAUACUAUCAAGUUUUGGGAUAUUGUCUCCGGUUUAUGCAUAAGAACUAUUUCUUCUCAUCUGGGAGAAGUAACAUCGGUCGAGAUGAACACGAAUGGAACCAUUCUUCUGAGCAGUUCUAAGGACAAUUCCAAUAGACUGUGGGACGUGAGAAUGGUACGACCCAUUCGAAGGCUUAAAGGUCACCAAAAUACAUCAAAGAACUUUAUUAGAGCUGGAUUUGCGAGUGAUUCCUUGAUAGUCGGUGGAUCAGAAGAUGGAAUUGUAUACAUUUGGGACCAAGACACUGGAGAGGUCUUGCAAAAGCUGAAAGGUCAUUCCGGAAUGGUGUAUAAUGCAGCCUGGAAUAACAAACAAAGUCUGUUUGUGAGUUGUAGUGACGACAAGACGCUUAAAACAUGGUGGUACGAUGAGAAUGUGUCUCUUGAGUUAUAA